AUGUCCACGAAUAGCGGUCACUUUGGCGGUGGAUUAGUUAACAAAUUGCCGUUCAAUCAUAAUAAACCACCACCUCAACCAGCUGGACCUCCUAAACCAUUACUAGCUGCUAAUUGUCCAAACAAUGCUUAUGCCUUAGCAAAUGUCGCUGCUGUUAACCCAAGAGAUUUUGAAAACAAUAUCCAUGUUGCUGUUAAUGAUUUCUAUAUCUUUACUACAAAGCAUUCAGAUGAGAUUGCACCUGGUCAAAUCGGUUUAAAUGGUACUCAAAGAUUAUGGGCUGGAUUAUCACUAAAUGAAGAAGCUCAAGUUAGAAAAUACAAUAUACUCACAGAGACUGGUAGACAACCUUAUAUCGGUUCAUUGAAUGUUGAGAUCUCAUUUAGAAAUAAAAGUAAAGCUGUUCCAACUCAAUUUGAUCAAGAUGAUUUAGCAAAAGCUGUUAUACAGAGAUUUGAAUCUCAAGUAUUAUCUCCAACUCAAUUGAUCUUGUUAGAUUAUAAAGGUAAUAUUUUUGAAAUACGUGUUCAAAGUAUUCAAGUUGUUGAUUUAUCAGAAAUGGAAAAUAACGGUCCAACAAGUUCAUCAAUUGAAGCUAAAGGUUUAUUAUUACCACAAACUGUUAUUAAUUUUUUUAAAGGUCGUGACGGAUUAGUUAAUUUGAAAUCAAGUUCAAUCAGACCAAGAUCAGAUGCUAUCAUCAGACCUGACUUCAAAUUUGAAGAUAUGGGUGUUGGUGGGUUAGAUAAAGAAUUUACACAAAUUUUCAGAAGAGCUUUUGCAAGUCGUAUUUUCCCACCUUCUGUUAUUGAAAAAUUAGGGAUCAGUCAUGUUAAAGGUUUGUUAUUGUUUGGUCCUCCAGGUACUGGUAAAACUUUGAUUGCUAGAAGAAUUGGUACAAUGUUGAAUGCUAAAGAACCAAAAAUUGUUAAUGGUCCUGAAAUUUUGAGUAAAUAUGUUGGUUCCUCUGAGGAAAACAUUCGUAAUUUGUUCAAAGAUGCUGAGGCUGAAUAUAAAUCAAAAGGUGAAGAUUCCUCGUUACAUAUUAUUAUUUUUGAUGAAUUGGAUUCCGUUUUCAAACAAAGAGGUUCAAGAGGUGAUGGUACCGGUGUUGGUGAUAAUGUUGUCAAUCAAUUAUUAGCCAAAAUGGAUGGUGUUGAUCAAUUAAACAAUAUCUUGGUUAUUGGUAUGACCAAUCGUCGUGAUCUUAUUGAUAAUGCCCUAUUGCGUCCAGGUAGAUUUGAAGUUCAAGUUGAGAUUCAACUUCCAGAUGAAGAAGGUCGUCAUCAAAUCUUUGAAAUCCAAACCAAAAAAAUGAGAGAGAAUAAAAUGCUUGCAAGUGAUGUUGAUUUACUUGAAUUGGCUUCUUUAACUAAGAAUUUUUCAGGUGCUGAAAUUGAAGGUUUAGUUAAAAGUGCAAGUUCUUUUGCUAUCAAUCAAAAAGUGAACAUCGGUAAAGGUGCUACAAAAUUGAAUAAUAAAGAUAUUGCCAAUAUGAAAGUUACAAGACAAGAUUUCCUAGACGCUUUAGGAGAAGUUUCACCAGCAUUUGGUGUUAAUGAAGAAGAUUUGAAAACUUGUUUGGAAGGUGGUAUCAUCAAAUAUUCACCAAAAAUUGAUGAAAUAUUGAAAGCUGGUAAACGUUAUGUCCGUCAAGUUGAGGCAAGUGAGCGUACAAGACUUGUUUCAUUGGCUAUGCAUGGUCCACCAGGUUCAGGUAAAACUGCAUUAGCAGCUGCUAUUGCUUUAGCUUCAAAAUUCCCAUUUGUUAGAUUAAUUUCACCAGAAGAAAUGGCUGGUAUGUCAGAGACUGCUAAAAUUGCUUAUAUUGAUAAUACAUUUAGAGAUAGUUAUAAAUCACCAUUAAACGUGUUGGUUGUUGAUUCAAUUGAAACAAUUCUUGAUUGGGUUCCUAUUGGUCCAAGAUUCUCAAACAAUAUUUUACAAGUGUUGAAAGUUUACUUGAAAAGAAAACCUCCAAAAGAUCGUCGUUUAUUGAUCAUUUCCACAACAAGUGCUUAUAGUGUCUUGCAACAAAUGGAUUUGGUUAGUUGUUUUGAUAAUGACAUUGCUGUUCCAAACUUGCAUACAUUAGAUGAGUUCAACAACGUUAUGAUAGAGUCUGGCUUCCUGGAUGAUAGUUCAAGAGUUGAAGUGCUAAAUCAAUUAGCUAGCAUUGCACCAAGAUUUGACAUCGGUAUCAAAAAGGCAUUGACCAAUAUUGAGACUGCCAAACACGAUGAUGAUCCUGUGAAUGAGAUUGUUGACUUGAUGGCUCAAUCACAAGCAGCAUAG